AUGCCUUUAUCAAAAUUUCGCGUACCGCCAUCUGCUUCGACCGUCAAUGUUAGGGUUAUCGACUCGACAUCGAAGAUUAGGGUGAGCAUGGAGAGUAUGGUUUCACACGUCAUCAAAGGUCAUUCGUGGCUGUCGUGUCCUUCAUACGUCUUCCUCGUCGAGCACCCAACCACUGGCCGCAAAGUCCUCUUCGAUCUCGGGGUGCGCAAAGACUUCGAAAAUCUCUCACCUCCUAUUCGGGAUUGGAUGAAAGAGAGUGGUACGACGUGCAGCGUGGAGAAGGAUUUGAGAGAGAUCCUCGAAGAAGGCGGGGUUAAAGCAAGUGAAAUCGAGAGCAUCAUCUGGAGCCAUUGGCAUUGGGAUCAUAUCGGCGAUCCGAGCAGAUUUCCCACAAGCACUUCGCUGAUAGUUGGCCCGGGUUUCAAGGACAUUAUCAUGCCGGGCUACCCUACGAACCCAGGGUCCCCAGUCCUUGAUUCCGAUUUCGCCGGCCGCGAACUCCGUGAACUGAGCUUCGCCGAGUCAACUAUCAAAGUCGGAUCGUUUCCUGCCAUCGACUACUUCGGUGACGGAAGCUUCUACAUUCUGGACGCGCCAGGUCAUACCGUUGGCCAUGUUAACGCUAUUGCACGACGCCGAGAUGAGGCCAUCCGCAUACAACCCGCUGCCCGACUCGAUAUCGCCACAUCCGUUUCAUUCGGGCAAUAA